AUGUCACUCAGAGACCCAUAUCCAACGUCGUUGAGCUGCCGAACGACCAUUACCAACCGGAGGCUUGGAAACCCUGUCCAAGAACAAUUACCGAAGACCCCAAUCCCCAGCUUUACCGAAAUAGGCCCUCGAGCAAACCCAGCUCCAAACCAGCCAAAACUUAUCACAGCCCGCGUGUACAAAGCUCUCAAUACCAGUGGAUUCGACAAGGGCCCAGCUCACGUACAAUCACCUACUUCUUGCCGAACGGUAGGAGGAUAUGCUUCCAAAUCACUGCAGAAAAUCAAGGAGCCUCCUGCUAAUGACACGAAAGUGAGGCAAAAAAUUUUCAACCCACCCUUGCCGAACGGCAAGGGUUGA